AUGCGUGUGCUUCGUUGUGGAAUUUCGAAGCACCAUGUGAAGCUGCUAUCUGAAAACCGUAUAGUCUUCAUCUCCUCUAAUGAAUUUCCUGAGGUCGAAUAUUUCUUUUUUUGUACUUCUAGUUUUAGCUCUGCAACAUCAUCAUAUGUCUGUUAUUGCUUUACUGAGAUAAGCGCUGAACUGCUUUCAGAUGACAGCGAUAAUGUUGUUGUCAGACUUUUUGGUGUUACGCGACAAGGCAAUUCUGUCUGCGUUCUUGCCCACGGAUUUGUUCCCUAUUUUUAUGUGGAGAUUGAUGACAAAUUUGCGCCAGAGCAUAUAGAAAAAGCAAAAGGUCUAAUUAAUGAACUGUUUAAGGUGGCUUUUAAGGAACAAGGCGUAUCGGGGACCGGUCUGUCGAAAUCUCUUCAAAACUUUGUUACUGAUUUGGAAAUUGUGUAUGGCUCAGAAUUAUACGGUUAUCAGGAGAAUACCAAUAAAAAGUUCCUUAAAGUUUUCGUUCUUGUAGGUCGUCGCAUUUUUCAAAUGGGAAUUGAUCUUUAUGGAAGUGGAAGUAUAGAAUGUUACCAGUCAUUUGAAGCCAAUAUUGACUUUGAAGUUCGCUUCAUGGUUGACGCUAACAUAACAAGUUGUGGGUGGAUUGUUUUGCCAAAGCAAGAAUACUCAGUUGUGGGAGACAAAGCCAAAGUAUCACGCUGUCAGCUUGAGGUUAAUAAUAUUGUUGCUCAUGCUCCAGACGAUGCUCAUGAAUGGUCAGAAAUAGCUCCGUUACGAAUCUUAUCAUUCGAUAUAGAGUGUGUCGGACGAAAAGGAAUAUUUCCGGAACCACAUAGUGAUCCAGUCAUCCAGAUUGCAAAUAUGGUGAAAAUUCAGGGUACUGACGAGCCAUUUAUUAGAAAUUGCUUUGCAUUAGGAGAGACUGCUCCAAUAAUAGGAACUCAAGUGAUUUCUUGUAGAACUGAAGAAGAGCUGCUAGAGGUAAUUUUCCUCCAGUUAAUUGGGAAAGAUUUUUUGCUUGUUGCUGCUUCCAAUAAAUUGGAUUUUUUUCGAUUGAUCUGUAAACGCACGAAAUUAUUUUUGGAAAUUGAAGGUAAAGUUUCCGCCUUAUGUAGAGUGAAAGCUUUACCGUCGAGAACUCGUGAUGUGCCUCUCUCUAGUAGACAAAUGGGUAAUAGAACUAAUAGAAUUACUAACAUGGAGGGUCGGGUUAUUUUUGAUGUUUUCCAGGUUUGUGUGGUCCAACGUGAUUACAAGCUGCGUAGUUACACUUUGAAUAGUGUCAGUUAUAAUUUCUUGGGGGAGCAGAAGGAGGACGUAGACUAUUCUAUCAUCUCUGACUUGCAGAAUGGAACACCAGCAACUAGGCAUCGUCUUGCUGUUUACUGCUUAAAAGAUGCUUAUUUGCCACUACGCCUUCUUGACAAGCUUAUGUCCGUAAUCAAUUAUAUCGAAAUGGCACGGGUCACGGGAGUCCCUGACCAGUGGAAGUUGCAGGCAAAAAGUUUGAAUGUUUUUUUGCCAGUUCUCGAUACUUCUCAAGCAGAUAAUACUUAUGAAGGUGCUACGGUCAUCGAACCUAUUCGUGGCUUUUACAAUGAGCCGAUUGCUACUUUGGAUUUUGCUUCUUUGUAUCCAUCAAUCAUGAUUGCACAUAACUUGUGUUAUACGACGCUCAAAAAUGAGGAUUUUAUUAUUUCACCAACAAAUAACCGGUUUGUUAAACCUCAUAUUCGCCACGGUAUACUGCCACAGAUUUUGGAAGAUUUACUGGCCGCCCGUAAGAAAGCCAAAGCUGACCUUAAAAACGCAACGGAUCCAUUUCGGAAGAUGGUCUUGAAUGGUCGUCAGCUUGCGUUAAAGAUUUCGGCAAAUUCAGUUUAUGGAUUCACUGGUGCAACAGUAGGAAAAUUGCCUUGUUUGGAAAUAUCGCAGUCAGUUACAGCUUUUGGCAGGAUGAUGAUUGACCUUACCAAAACGACUGUUGAAAAAGAUUAUAAGACUGGGGCAGUAGAUGGCAAGUGUCCUGCCGAUGCUCAAGUCGUUUAUGGCGACACUGAUUCUGUCAUGGUUCGUUUUGGAGUGAAGGAUGUGAAAAGUGCAAUGGACUUGGGGUUGCAUGCUGCGGUUGAAGUUAGCAAAUGUUUUAAGCCACCGAUCAAGCUGGAGUUUGAAAAGGUUUAUUUUCCUUUUCUUCUAAUAAACAAAAAGCGUUAUGCGGGCCUUUUUUUCACUAAGCCAGAUAAACAUGACAAGAUGGAUUGUAAGGGCUUGGAAACAGUACGACGUGAUAACUGCCCUCUGGUCUCAAAUGUUCUAAGUAACUGUCUUGAAAAACUUUUGUUGAAUCGCGAUGCUGCUCUUGCGCUACAGUACGCAAAAAAAGUUAUAUCAGAUUUGUUGUGCAAUAGGAUUGACAUAUCGGAAUUGAUAAUUACUAAAGAAUUAACUCGUUCCAGCGAGGCUUAUGCGGCGAAACAAGCUCAUGUGAUCCUUGCGGAGCGAAUGCGAGAACGCGACCCUGGAUCAGCACCACGAUUGGGUGAUCGUGUUCCGUAUGUCAUUGUAGCACGAGGACAAAAGGUUCCUGCUUACGAGAAAGCGGAAGAUCCUUUAUAUGUUCUGCAGAAUAAUAUUCCUAUCGAUACCGCAUACUAUUUGGAAAAUCAGUUGGCAAAACCCCUGUCUCGUAUAUUUGAACCAAUUAUUGGAGAUAAGGCUGAACAGAUUCUGAUAAGCGGAGAGCACACCUUGGUUAGGACUUCUGUUCAUGCUAAAAAUUCUGCUUUGUCACAGUUUUUCCAAAAAACUGAAAGGUGCCUUGUCUGCAAAAGCAACUUGCCGAAAAACGUGAAGGAUCCUACGUGUGCGCACUGUAAACCUGAUGAGGGCAAACAAUUUGGGAUCUUUAAGAUGGCUCUGCUAAAUUUGACCGAAAACCAGUUUGGCCGUUUGUGGACUGAAUGUCAAAACUGUGCCGGUACUAUGAAUUGUGAGGUGCUAUGUACAUCGUAA